CCGGAACCACCGAGUCAGAUUACCGGUGUGCGAAUCAAUCAACGUCAGAUAAAAGUCACUUGGAGCACAUUACCGUCGGGAUCGAAAUCCCCGUUAUCCGGGCAAUCUUAUCCGCAACCGUCGAUUCCAAUCACGGGGUUCCGAAUCUAUUAUUCGAAAAAUGAGAAUCCACAAGAUUUGAGCACAUGGCAAAUUCUAGACGUGGGCCCGGUGACGAUGGCCACAUUGGACUCUCUCGAUCCGGGAGCGGAGUAUGUGAUCAAAAUCAAAUCACGAGGAGCAGAUCGACGUUACGGUCGACUAAGCGAUCCGGUCGUGGUCGGUGUGCAUGUGCCGGACGACGGGCUCUCAGGUGGACCUGGUGGAUAUGGUACUGCCGGGGGCCGAGCAAUCAACGAGAAGCGUGCCAUACGUCAGUUAUCCUGUCACUGGAUACCGGCAUUGGAUAAUGCACGGCCGGGAGAGGCCAGUUUAAAGUUGAACUGGCAAAGGCCGGCUCAAGUAGAUGGACUCUAUCAGUUUCAGGUCCCGUUAGGCUUCCUGGCUGAGGACCUCGGGAUGAUCGUAACCGAGACACUGAGUGAUAUGGCCGAAUGUCGAAAACAGUGA